GGUCAUGGAAGAAAAGCACAAAUUGGUGACAAGGUGACACUCUAUUACAAAGGUAGACUUGAUCCAGACAAGGUAAAAACAUUCGAUAGAUCAACAAGAAAAAAUCCAUUCAGUUUCAGAUUAGGAACUAAAAAGGUUAUCAAGGGUAUCAAUAUUGGUGUUGAAGGAAUGACUGUAUGUGGUAAAAGAGAAUUAGUAAUACCUCCUGAAAAGGGUUUUGGUGAAAAGGGUGUAAUUGACAAGGUACCUCCAAAUGCUACACUGUUUUACGAUAUUGAACUCUUAGAAUUAACUCCAAAG